GCCCAGGCUGCCCCUCUCAUCUCUUCCCCUUCGUCUCGACCUCGCGCCGAUGUUGUGCCCGCACUCCGAGUCUGUUCCUGGCCGCCGACGCCGGGGGCAGUGCUUCGGAACCGGGGCCUUCCUGAUGCAGCCGACAAGCGGAUGGUGCAGAUCUCGAGGCAAGUGAGGCAGCAGGGGCUCCAGCACGGCCCCGCCCUCCUCGCGACCCGCAUCGGCGCCGCUGGCAGUGCCAAGCAGUGGGUCGCAGCACUGGCUUUGCUCCGAGAUGCGCUUCGGUCGCGCGACGCCGUCAACACCAUAGUCUACAACGUGGCCAUCACCGCGUGCGGGCGGGGCACGCAGUGGCGGCAGGCGCUGUCGUUGCUCGGCGAGCUGUGGGGCACCAGGUUGGAGCCCGACAUCAUCUUCAGUUUCAAUGCUGGAGCCAGCGCGUGCGAGAAGGGCGGGCAAUGGCAACGGGCGCUGUCGUUGCUCGGAGAGCUGCGGGAAGCGAAGCAGCAGCCUGGCAUCAUCGUGUACAACGCUGGAGUCAGUGCCUGCGGGAAGAGCAGCCAGUGGCAGCAGGCGCUGUUGCUGCUCAGCGAACUGUGGGAGGUGGAAUUGGAGCCGACCAUCAGCUACAAUGCUGGGAUCAGCGCGUGUGAGAAGGGCGGGCAGUGGCAGCGAGCGCUGUCCAUUCUCCGCGAAUUCUGGAAUGCAGAGGUGGAGCCCGACGUCAUCAGUUACAGCGCUGGAAUCAGCGCGUGCGAGAAGUGUGGGGAGUGGCAGCAUGCCCUGUCCUUGCUGAGUGAAAUUUUGGAAGCGAGAGUGAGGCUGGACAUCAUCAUCUUCGGUGCGGGGAUCAGCGCGUGCGAGAAGGGCGGUCAGUGGCAGCAGGCGCUGUCCAUGUUCGGCGAUUUAGAAAAAUAUAAGGUAGAGGCAAAUACAGUGAGCUAUAACGCUGCGAUCAGCGCGUGUGAGAAGGGCGGGCAGUGGCAGCGAGCGUUGUCCCUGCUCAGCGAGCUGUGGGAGGCGAGCCUGGAGCCAAGCACAGUCAGCUACAAUGCCGGAAUCAGCGCGUGCGAGAAGGGUGAGCAGUGGCAGCGGGCAUUCUAUUUGCUCAGCGAGUUGAGGGAAUCGAGGCUAGAGCUGGAUGUCAUCAGUUACGCCGCCGGAGCCAGCGCGUGUGAGAAAGGAGGCCAGUGGCAACUUGCACUGUUCCUGCUUGGCGAGAUGCCGGGGGCGAAGCUGGAGCCGAAUACCAUCAACUACAACGCCGCUAUCAGCGCGUGCGAGAAAGUCGGGGAGUGGGAACAGGCGCUGUCUCUACUCAGUGGCUUGUUUGAGGUGAGGUUGGAGCCGAGUGCAAUCAGCUACGCUGCUGGCAUCGGCGCAUGCGGGAACGGCCUUGUAUGGCAGCAGUCUCUGUCGUUGAUCAGCGAGAUGCACGAGGUCAAUGUGGAGCCAGAUGAAAUUGGCUACAACGCUGGCAUCAGCGCGUGCGAGAAAUGUCGGCAGUGGCAGCAUGCGUUGUCUUUGAUGGGCGGCAUGCUGAAGCUUCAGCUGGACCCGACGGUCGUAACUUUCAGUGCUGGAAUCAGUGCGUGCGGUCAAGGUGGGCAGUGGCAGCACGCCUUAGCAUUGCUCGAGAGAAUGCUGGCCGCGAGGUUGGAGCCCAACGCCAUCAGCCACACGGCCUCGAUCAGCGCGUGCGGAAAGGCAGCGAAGUGGGAGCAGGCGCUGGCCCUGUUCGGCGAGCUGAAGGCUGCGACGCCAUCACCGCCUCCUCCUCCCAGCUCUCCCUGCUUCGCUUCCCCUCCUUCCUACGCCCUCGUCCUUGUCCUCUGCGUUCGUUCCUUCGCCGUCUUUCUCGGUCUUCGCCUUCCUCCUCCGCAGUCCUCCUCUUCCUCCUCGUCGUUGUCGUCGCCGCUGUCGUCCUCCCCCUCCUGCAGUCGUGAAGUUAAGGGCUCGUCCAGACGAUGUGCUGCAACAGCGUGUUCUCAUUCAUAG